AUGGGUUGCAGUCACAAUCUUGUGUGUGGCCAUAGACUUCACCUUUUAGCCAUUUAUUUUCUCUUUCUCCUAAUUUCGAGCUCAUCACAGAUAAGAAUAUUCAGAGGCGCAGAAGGUAGAAAGUUAGUACAGAGGAUCGACAAUUCCCAGACAAUAAGCGAAGAGAAGGCAUCACAAAUCGGUUCAAGGCCGCCACGGUGCAAGAGGAGGUGCAGUUCUUGUGAGCAAUGUGAAGCCAUUCAGGUGCCCACAAACCCUCAAACAAGAAACGAAAUCAAGAAUUCCAUCGCGGCUUCAACCAUUCGCUAUGCUAGAUCAGAUGAUAAUUCCAACUACAAGCCCAUGAGCUGGAAAUGCAAAUGUGGAAGCCUCAUUUUCAACCCGUAA